AUCGUUAAGUCUUUGUAAUAGUGUAAGUAUAGUGUAAGUUAUACGCAUGGGUGAUGCUGUCGUACAGUUUUCUUAUGCCACACUCUAGUCGUUUUGAGGUGCGAGUACUGGAUCCUUGCUGACAGCGCGCAAAUGCUGCGAACAUGAGGUGUGCAGGGGAUAUGAAAGUGCCCGCAGGACACUUGUAGGACGUCCUCACACACUUUGCUCUGGUUGUCUAGUUUACUCAUUUUUCCGUUAACAGUCAAGCAGCACUUUUCACAUGAACAGCACAAAUACAAGUACUUCACUCUUACUAACCCUUACGUCUUGUAAAAUUGUUCACCACGACCUGUUGCUUGCAGAAUGCCCUUAAAAAAAUGUGCAUGAACAUAUUGACUCUACAAGCUCACCGAGUGGACUUUGUUAAGUUUGACUUGAUUUCCUGUAGGCCACCUGUGUGCCCCGUACAGGUUUGGAGCUUUUUCAACCGCAGACAGCCCGUAUCCACCUGCAAAGACAGUUGUGAGUGAAGCUUUACUCACCAAUUACCACCCAGUUUACAUGCAAGAACAGUGUUCUAAUAAAGUGUCCUACUAUUCUGACAAAGACCAUUAAUCUUCUCUAGUGGGGGAUACGAUAGUGUACCUUUGGUUUAGUAAGUGGUUUAUUCUCCCGCAUCAAAAUAGGAAAAAGAAGAUUAACGGUCAAGGAAGAAGCUUUAAAUAAAUUGUCUCAUUUUUUUCUUUGUACAGCUGCAACUUGUAGCAUCACUGAACUCAAUGGUAUUUUGACCAGUCAGGGUUACUCACAGCUUGGCAACUUUUCUGUUUUUUCUGCAUGUCAUUAAAAACUCUUCUGAACGGAAGAAAAAUCUAUUGACUUUAAGGCAUUUCCCUAAAUCUGCUUUAAAUUGAUUUAAAUAACUUCAAACUUAAUUAGAAUAAAAAAAGACAACAAAUCAGGAUACAUUUGUCAGAAAUGGUGGAGUUUCUCCCAAAAUGCAGGAAGACUGGCCUUAAAUGUCACGACUCCAUCUGGAUGUGAUGAAAAGCAAAAAGACAGAACAAAGAUCAACAAGACGAAACCUUCAGCUGAUUAGAGAAACAAAGUAAUGGACCAGACAAAACUUAAAAGACUUAAAACAGGACAGAUGGGAACCAACACAAACAGAAGAGCUGAGUCACCUUUGACCUGAACCAGGUGUGCAGUGACAGGGUGGUGAACAGAACACAAAACGAUGAUAACUCAACCAAAAAGGCACAGAUUCUCACAACAUUUUCCUAAAACAGCAAAACUAAUCAUAUCAGCUGUGUAAAAAACCAAUGGGUCACCUGACCUCAUGGUUCUUCUGCAUCCCAAAAACAGAUGGGCUUGUUGCUGCAACAAUGUGGAAAAGAGGCGUCGCUGAGGUGUUCAAAAUAAAAAUGAGUGCUGUGAAGAACCCCAACACCUGAUAUGAUGAGUUGGAUAAACAACAAACUAGAGUUGUGUUGGAGGUGAAGGCCUUUUAAAGUAGCUUUUGGACUUUUUCUGAUGUUAUAACUAAAGACAAAUGCAAACUCCAGUAUAUAAAGACAGCCUGUGAUGGAGCGAGAGAUGUUGGCCACAGAUUAAUUACAGUUUCCGAGUCCUCUCAUUAGAGUGGUGCUCUGUGUGACAGCACAGCGCCGGUCACCGUGAACAUUCCCCACACAGCUUGUGUUCCUGCCUGUUUGAAAGCGGCUCAGUAAUCCUGGAUCAGAGAGCACAAAGGGCCUGUGGAUGAUGUAAGUGCUGCGUCCAGUGUUUACCCCCUCCCUGAUCUCCUACAUGCUGCCUGGGGGGCGAUGGGGGACGUGGGGGGACGCACAUCCCUGCUCGGGACAGCCAGAGCUCCUCUGCUCUGCGUCAGGGUCAGCUGUGGUGGGAUGUGGCCCUGGUGAGGAAUCUGAGAGACUUUCCCUUCGAGGGCCACGUCGCUUCAACUGGCCAUGGACUUGCUGCAGGACUCCAGUCGGACCAUGCUGGGGCUGAACGCCCGGCUCAAGGGCUUCAUGGAACAGGUCAACAGACUUCAGGAGGCCAACCGCCGGCUGGAGGCGCAGAUAGCUGACUGGAGCGUCAGGAGCGCUUUCCGGAGUCAGGACUGGUUCCGGCAGGAGGAGACCUUCAAAGAACUCCGAGCUCAGGUCGGUAAACUACUCAUGGAAAACGCCCGGCUGGCCUUGGAGUCGGACAGCAUGAGAUCCAGAGCGGCGGUCAUCCAAGCCAGGUGUGAGACAGAGGAGAGAAACACCAGGCGUCUGGAGCGACAGGCAGCGCUGCUUCGUGAGUCUAAGAGGAAGGCGGAUCAGAGCUCCAUGAUGCUGCAGGCCGACUGUCACCGCUCCAUGAUGGAGCUGCAGGAGAUGCAUCGAGAGUUUGAGGCGGCCCGGGCUCUGCAGCUGCAGCGGGCCGGCUCCUGCGAUGCUUUGUUAGCAACGGCCGCAUCUUCAUCUGCAGCAGGAGGAGGAGGAGGAGCUGAGCAGGACGAUGGCACAGGGAUGGAGCUUAGCCAGCUCCUCGACCGGAUCAGAGCGCAGUGCGACCACAGCAGACCUCCCCCGGGCCUCGGAGCAGUCCCACAUCCACCACCCGGCUUGGUGGGGCCUAACCGUCCCCGAGCUGCAGCAGCUUCCAGAAGCCAAAGAGGGGCUCUCAGCGAGGAGGAAGCAGCAUGGGAGCAGGUGAGCCUCGGCAGCGCCGCUCUGAGAGAGGCCCGGGCCGAGCUGGCAGAGGCCCGGAAGCAGUGGCACUCCCUGCAGGUGGAGAUCGAGACCCUGCAUGCCAUGGAAAAAGGCUUGGAGACGUCCCUGCAGAACACCCAGCAGAUGUACUCCAGCCAGCUCCAUGACCUUUCCCAGGUGAUUGCCAGGCUGGAGAGCGAGCUGGAGCAGGUGAGGAGCGGCCUGCAGACGCAGCGCCAGCGCCACAGCCAGCUGCUCAACACCAAGAUGAGGCUGGAGCGAGAGAUCGGGACGUACCGACGGCUGCUGGAGCGAGAAGAGGGCAGAUAUAUGAGUCAUAAUGGGCAGCCAAUGGGUCUGCGUCCGUGGAGGUCUCUGGUGGUGGAGACAAAGGAGAGCGACGUGGUGAACGGCUUCAGCGACCCCGCCAUCACACCGGACGAACCAAAGUCCGAGCCCCUGCCGGAGACUUCCUCACUGCUCCCUGCUGAAAACGGCCUGAAGAGAGGCCUGUACAGACAGCAGAGCCUGGUCAUCCUCACAGAGCCAGAGCCAGACAAAGACCUGCCAAUCUGCACUGUGAAGACUCAGGAGAUCCUUCAGGGAAACGUGAUGCGUGAGAGCGCAGAAGGUCACGGCACCAUCGAGACGGAGAAGGUGGAUAUGGUGAUAAGGCAGUGGGAGGGCUCCUUCUUCAGGGGCAAUCCCAAACUGCGGAAGAAGUCGGUGUCGCUGCGCUUCGACCUGCACAUGGCGGCGGCAGACGAAGGCUGCGCCCAGACCAAGCAGGACAGCCUCCCCGAUGUGGAGGUGCGCCUGGUCAUGAAGAGGUCUCGUAGCAUCUCGACCAUCACGCAGUGACUCUAUCGCCGCCCCGCCGGUGAUGGUGAGAAUGCAGAACUGAGCAAGGGACGCCUCCCACUCUCAUCCCGCUUUUUCAAACGCAACCGUCAGCGAACUUUGCUCCACGGCUGAGGCCUGAGGCUGAGACACGAGCCCAUGAGUAAUCGUGACAACCUUCGCGAGUUGCAAACACCAAAAGAUUUCAAGUCUAAAACAUGUUGUUCUGUCAUCCUACAGGUGGAGAAAGUGUCUCGGAUAGCUUCAGUAAGUCUUCAUGGGAUAAAGAGAUUACAGUUACAACUUUGUGGCUUUUAAUCCUGGUUUAGGUGAAGGCUCAGCUUGUAGACAAAAGCGCAGCGGUGCCGUUAACUGAAGAACUGUAUGAGAAUCAUGUCAGUCAAAAGGCAAAAUCACAUCAUUCUGCAAAGAACUGAAGGGGGAACACAGAAGACAAGCUGGAGUUUUACGCUCUCAGCACAGAUUUUUGAUAAACGGCAGUUUAAGUCUGUUCAGAUUUACUUCGGUGGUAAAGUCUCCUUGGAAAAAAAAUGCCUUGCCCGAGGACUCCUCAACUCCUAAAAGCCAGGAAUUGAGCCACCGACAAUCUGAGGUGACCCCAGUUGCUGUGUUGUGUGUCUAAAGCAUGUUUUCAUGGCUCCAUUGAAGAAGCUUUAGCUUACAGUGACCUCUGCUGGGCAUGUGGUGGUGUGUCACCUCCUGCUGAAUGUUACUGGUACCAAGGAUGUAAAAAUGAAGAUAAACUUGGCACCCCCUUGUGUCUCCUGAGGUUAAAUUUCGCAUUAAUAAUAAUAAUAAAAAACCCAUUUAAUUUAACAUGACUUAUAAGAAGGUGAUGGCCCUUAGAUACACCAUUUUUCAUAUCUCAAGGUGAUAAAUCCAUAAUUACAUUUUAAUUUCUUUAUACAAAUGCAGAUUUGUUUUUUUUUUCUUUCUUAAAACCACUCAUUUUGUUGGACUUUCCCACCUAAUUACCACAAAAAUAAUGUGUCAUAUGAAUGAAAUCAGCUUAAAAUUGACAUACGGUCUAAAAAGUUGAAGCAAACUGGAUAAAACGUGUGAGACCUAAAUGUUUUUGCAUUAAGACAGUCGUGUUUUAGAGGACGCCAUGUAAAAAUAGUCUUCCUCCAUUCACGCCUCGGGUUUGAUUCCAUGUGACGGUUUUGCUCACCGUUUUAACUCAUUAAAAUUAAUAGAUGGGUCAUUUUUAAUAAUCUGACAUUUAUUCCAACUCUAGAGGAAAAGACAUUUGCAAAACAUACAAAGAUUACUCGUUUUAAGCAAAAUGUAAAAGCUGUGACAUCAUAAAGGAACAGCUGCUAAGCUAGGCCGACAGUGGACUGAGGUUGUGUAACAUCAUUAUAAUCAUAAUGAGGCUGUGAGAAAAGAAAAAUACAUGUAUUAGGGGGACAGGAAAGUAAUUGGAAGAGAUUAUUGCAGAUGAAAAAAUGAUGUGAGGACAAUAGAAUUCUAGCUAACAGCGACAAACCAGCUAAUGCUAACAGUUUUAGUGCUAAAGUCAAAGCAUUCAUGUUUUAUAAUUUUGUUGGGUAAAUAUUCAUACAUAAAAUAUUGUAACAGGAGAUAGAUAUCAAGAUCAGCGUAUUUAUUCAUUUUUUGUCCUCUUUUUCCAAGGAAGGACAAUUCAUUCUGUGUUUCUGUAAAAAGUCCUACUUUAUGUGGAAAUGAAUUUUCAUAGUUUGUAAAUUCUCCUGUCGAAUGCUAAAAGGUAAUACAUAUUUUAUAUAACGGUAAUUUAACCAAGGACUGAUCUUAAAGUUCACCAAAAUAAACUAAAAGACAAAGUAAAUUUACCAAAAGUUGUUGAUAUUUUUCAGCUUGUUAAACUUUAUUGUUUUUUUCCCUCAUCGACACGACCCUUUCUUUAAAAAGAAGUAAAAUACUGAAAAAGAUCAAAGAAAAAAAAGGUUAUUUCAUCUGGAAAACUUUUUUUUGACAAAAACAAGAAGAAGAAAUAUUGCUUAAAGAAUAAUAUAUAUAUUAUUAACAUAAGAAUGUCAAUAAUAUAUUUAUUGGAAAAAAUAAAAAUUCAGGUGUAGACUGUCUGAGUUGCCAUAGAGGGGUUUAUCAUUUUUGAUCUAAAGCAACUUCAUCUACACGUUCAUUUUGUCAAACAGUGCUGGUUUUCCCACGUUUAUACCCCUCCCUUGUUGAUAUCCUCAGAUUUAUGCUCCAGAAUUAUUCCCAAAGGCACAUUUCUCCUUGACCAGUUCUUCUCCUGGAGGUUUUCUGCCGAAAGUGUCAGGUUUGAUGCUGAUGCUGAUCGCUGCUCAGUUACCAUUUUUUGACUUCCCCCUGUGAGCCACAGGGGGGCAGUGUUUGCAAAUGCCCCCCCCCCCCCCCCCCCAUCAGUUAAGGUAUAAACUGCAAACCAGGUGGAGGAUGUUCAUGAAUCUCUGUGUUUCACCUAGCUUUGCUUCAGUUUGACAGCUCUGUGACUUCAGAAAAACAAACCUUGAUGCUUUUAAAUAAAGAUUUAUCAUUUCAGAAAAAGAGGAAAUGAA